AUCAUUGUUUUUUAAGUGAGACAAAUGCUGAUCCGUUUAAAACAUUGUAAUUAAUAAUGGCAACAAACCUGACGGCGGCCACAAUGGGUCAGUGCCUGAAGGACACCACUAUUCGCGGCAUUAAAGACUUUUUGUCACUUUUCUAUAUCAUGUCUUCCUAUGAGACCACUUAUGAUAACGCUAUCGAUGUUCCCGAUUAUGAAGUCAAUUUAACAUUUGUUAUCGGAUUACUUGUUUUACUGGAACAAGUGAUCCGAUAUUUUCAACAUUAAGAUUUGACCAGAUUUCAAGAUUAUGUUAUUAAUUCUGGAUUCGCCAUAUUAUUUAUUUUAAUGAG